AUGUUAAAGCUGAAAUCCCGAGCGGUUUUGGAAACGCCGACGACUGGGUUAUCUCGGCAACUCUCGAAAACUGGGAUAAAUACUAGCAGUAAUACUAAUAACGAAGAUGGCGGCACCAAUAAUAAGAGUUUGCGAGAACAUGGCACGACAGAGGCUGAUGAUGAUGAUUUUGAUGCGUUGAAAGCUGUCAACACCACCAACACCAACAACGAAAACUCGCAACAGCGACAUGGAAAAGGAGCGCCAAAUCCGCCGAUAAUUUCGCAGAAACCAUCCAUCCAUCGGUACCCGGGCGCGUUUGGAAACCAACCGAGGUUUGCACCGUCGCAACAGCCUCCGCCGUUACCGUUUUCGCAAGAUUUUGACGUGGCGGAUUAUUGCACGCCGGCGGAUCAACAGUUUGAGUUAGUCGGGAACAUAGCGUACGCGAAUACGAACAAGAAUAGCGGAGGAGGAGGAGGCUACGACUCUCAGCAAGGGUUACAACCGUUCGAUAGUUGCGACGGGAAAGAAAAUGGUGGCGUGAAUGGUAAAGGGUAUUUUAGCUCGAUUGUACAAAACACGACGAACGGGAAACAGUUUGGCAUGCGUUCGCCGGUGGCGUUGAGCCCGAUGCGACACAAGAGAGCGAGGUUGGGGUGUAUCAUAGAUUCGCCGAACGUGAGUCAGCAAAUGUACAACAACAACGAAUCGAGUCGAGGUGCAUUGGACGUCAUCAACGGAACUGGUGGUAGUUCUGGUCCUUCUGGUUUGCGCUUUCAGCAGCUGUCUUCGCAACAGAUGCAGUUGACGCCGAGAGAGUCCUCGCAGCCGUUUACGAUUAGCAGAGCCGGAAGUCUUCCGCAAGCGUGUUUGCAGUACUCGCAAGGCGCUGGCGGGAAUAGAAAUAGCGCAAAUGCACACAACAACAUGUUCGAAGUGCCACCGAUUCCAAACAGACAACAACAACAACAACAACAACAACAACAAGGUGGCGGUGGUGGUAGCGCGAACGCGACGAAAAAGGAAAAGUUGCUCCAAUCGCCGCCGAUAUCGCGAAACGCGUUUUUACGAGACGAAGAACAGGCGAAGGAAUUACCCGCGCAUAGCAGACGAAUAACCAAUAACAACAACGGUAGCAAUAAUGAGGCAAAGGAGAACGCGCAAAUGCUUCGAUUCCGAUCCGAGUUUGCGGAUUUAGGACUCAUCGCCAAAGGCGGAUUCGGGAAAGUUUCCAGAGUCGUUCAUCGAUUGGACGGCAAAAUGUACGCGGUCAAACGCACGGAGAAGAAGUUAUACGGCGAAUCCGAGAAAAACGACGCGUUGAGAGAAGUGCACGCGAUGGCGGCUUUAUCUUCUUUGAAUUCGCCAAACAUCGUACGAUAUUACACCUCGUGGAUGGAAUACGACCAUUUGUACAUCCAAAUGGAGCUUUGCGAACGCGGCGCCGUGAAAUUCGGACCGGACGCCAAAUUUACUAAGGACGAAGGCGAAGUUUUGUUAGUCGUUCGCGAUGUAGCUAACGCGUUAUCGGUCGCGCACGAGUCGGAGGAACGCAUCGCGCACAUGGAUGUGAAACCGGAUAAUAUUUUCGAAUCGGAGAAAAAGAUUUACAAGCUAGGGGAUUGGGGACGCGCGACGUCGACGUGCGGUGAGAAGCGGAGAAAGCUUAUCGGUGGCGCUUCAGAAAUAGACGGUGAUCAGAGAUACUUAGCCAACGAAGUGUUAAAUGACGAUUUUUCAAACUUGGCAAAGUCAGACGUGUGGAGUUUAGGCGCGACGGCGUUGGAGUUGUUGUUGGGGGAAGCGUUACCGAUGAACGGCGACAAGUAUCGAGCGUUGAGAGAUGGGCGGUCAGUGAAUGAGAACUUUGAGGAUUUUGGUUUAAGCGAGUUUUCUUGCAGCGAAGAGAUGAAGGCGUUGUUGAAGUUGAUGUUGGCGAAAGAUCCGGAAUCGAGGCCGACGGCAAAGGAAAUCAUGGUAGAGUGCGAAAAGUUGCUUUGUUUGACGAGCGCUAUGGAGUCCUCGAUGCUUUAA